CGGGGAGCGGGCGCCGGGCAGUAACAAACACGGCCGAAUUGUGUUCAGAGGAUGAGCGGGGCGGCUGCGGCCGAGCAAAACGACCUCAGCGGCCAGCACUCGGCUACCGAUUUUUCAAUCGCCACACUCUUGUGCGGUAAAAGAGGCAAUUUUUCAAGAUCACUUUCUCCCGGAACCAACGCCCUGACUUCGGAUUCCAAAAAUAGAGUAAAUUCUCCAGCUUUGGAUUACGAUGAUGGCGCCUCCCCAUCGAUGGCCUCUCCUUCUAUCAGCCUUGAAAAUUGUCUGCGUUCUCGACCGGGAAAUCUAGUAAAUUCUAAAAUUGACUUUCGGAAAUCAGAAACUUGUACUUCACCUCAACCCGCGUGCAGUAUCGGUAACCUCAACCUGAGAACUCCUUCGAAAACCAUCCCUGAGCCAUUAUUGGAAACUGAGUUUGACGACGACGAUGACAUGGUUUCGCCUAUUGUUUUUCCUGUAUCUUUGGGCUCGAAGGUAAGCGUCCUCUCAGCGUCAACUGUGAAGGAGAACUCACUCGAGUCCGGCGACGAGGAUUUAGAUCUUCCAGAGACGCCUAUCCUGUUCGGUGGCACGAAGGAAAUCUUAUGGAGAAGUCCUUCUGUGAAAGAAAAUUUCCCAUCAACUAAUGGGUUAAAAUUGACAAAAGCUCUUCUUCCAGUACCAGUGAUUAGAAGUCCGAAGAUCAAAACAAGUGCUAGAGAGUCGAAAAAGCUGGAAAUGGAAGUGGAAGGGAACUGUAGCGAGUUGGAGGACCACUCCUGUGUUCUUGAGACGAAGGAUUUGUGGGAGAAGUUCCAUGAGUUCGGCACAGAAAUGAUCGUCACUAAGAGUGGCAGACGCAUGUUUCCUACGGUGCGCGCUUCAUUCACGGGCCUGCGGUCGGAAGAACGGUACGCGGUGCUGCUGGACAUCGUACCGGUAGACAGCAAACGGUACCGGUACGCAUACCACCGGUCGUCGUGGUUGGUGGCUGGUAAAGCGGAUCCCCCGCCACCGUACCGGCUGUAUGCUCACCCAGACUCGCCGUUUACAGGAGAGCAGCUCAAAAAGCAAGUUGUCAGCUUCGAAAAGGUCAAGCUCACCAACAACGAGAUGGACAAGGGCGGACAGAUCAUCCUGAACUCGAUGCACCGCUACCAGCCACGCAUCCACCUGGUGCGGCUCAAGGAAGGACAGUCCGGCAAAUUCUGCAGCUUGGACACCGCGGACCGCCGCAGCUUCAGGUUCAUGCAGACAGUCUUCACUGCAGUCACUGCAUACCAGAACCAACUCAUCACGAAACUCAAGAUCGACAGCAAUCCGUUUGCCAAAGGCUUCAGGGACUCUUCACGUCUCAUAGAUUUUGAAAGGGAAACGAUGGACGUUCUAAUAUCAGAGAACCCAUACCUAUCAUCAACAAUCGCGACAUCUGCUGGCUACGUGCACCAGGGCAACCAGAACCUCAUUCAUAGCGGUCACAGCCUGACCUAUCCUGGACAGAACCACCACCAGGGGGCGCUCAGACCUGAUGCUCAGAACCUAUACCCAAGAACACAUAACUUUGGCUUCAACGGUCAAAAUCUGAACAGUAGUAGCCAAAAUUUGAAUCUUGGGCAAUGGUAUCUUUCAUCUGCAACACCCCUGAUCCUCGAUCGUAAUACAUACGAGCAGAAAAUUCUGGAGGACAAAACCAUUUUGGCUGCUCGAGCGUCGCUUUACGUGGAAGCUCAAAACAGCUUUCUGAACAAAGAUUUCGAAAAGUAUGAUCGGAAUGUCCACCAUAAAUCCAACAAGAAUGCAAGCCAUUGCGGAAUAAAUGCAGAUGAAGAUGAGAGAAAAAAUAAGUAUGCUAGCGAUUUAGAAUCAGAUCUAAAUAUUGGUAAUGAAGUUCCACUGCCUUUCGAUUUUCAGGCUACGAAUAGCGGAUUAAGUUUGUAUUUACCGCCUCCUUCUCAGUCGAAAGUUUCUUUCUCGAGAACAGCUUCGCCUCGUUUUGCUAGUAUUCCCGCACUUACGGAUUCUUUGCCUCAUCGAGAAGUUUCAUGUUCACAAUCAAGUUCAUGGCUUAGUCUUGGAAGCCCCGUUUCAACAUUGUCAUCUCUUUCUUUGCCAUCUGCAAGCAGCAGCGUUUCUUCGUGUCUUUCUUCAUCCGCUGUCGAUUCAAAUUCUCUCAAAAGUAGAAGUCUGAGUUUAGAAGAUGAGCAUUCAAACUUCAAUCACUUCCACAGCUCUGUUUCAGUUCGAAGCGAAAAAAAGCUCCUCCCAUUGAUACCACAACCUCAGUCAGCUUUGCCUCUGCAUGCUUUCUGGUCUCAUUGGAAUUUGAAUAGACUAAAUGCCGCAGCUGCUGCGGCUGCCUUGGUUCGCAGAUCCGAUAUCGACGCCUAUCACUUGAGAAUAAGUGCAUCAAACGAAGGUGCCAAUUCAUUGAAACCAAAUCUUGAUAGGAUCCAUAAUUCUAUGUCUCCUAUUUCAUUAGAAAGUACGCGGUCGAUCGCCAAAAAUGAGGAAGCUGAGAUUGCUGUUGACAUCCCUUCAUCAAACCUUGCUGAAAGAUCUAAUUUGGAAGACGAUAAUGACCGAGAUUCGAUGAGCGACACAGCGCACGAGGACUUUAUUAAAGCAAAUUCUGCCGUACCUAAUUAUCUUUCCCGAGCAGACGAGGCCUCUGUUAAAGAACCUGUUUCCACUCCGGCAAGUGAGGAAUUAGAAUCAGGAAACAGACAAUGGAAUGCAACUCGUUACCUAUCAGAUGAGCGUCACACUGCCUCUAUCAAAUCCCCCAAGCCGAUAUACCCUCCCGUCUCUUCAUCCUUGCUGCGAUUUACGCCAUAUUUGUACCCAAAAGUCGCUCCAAGCCUCGCCGUACGCAAUGAAAAUUCACCGAAUCCCAAGUUGGGUUUCUCAUUGACUUAGAGACGCUGAAUUUCCUAAUCAUUCAAUGAAUACAAUAAAAACUCUCGAAAGUGUGCCAAUCGAGCGAUAUAACAUCAGUCUGAAUUAAAUUGUACAAUGUUCAUAUUAUAUUAUCAUAAUUUUAAUUUUCACGUUUCCUGGUUUGGAGGUUUUCCAUGUAUGUUUUAUCUCUUAUUUAGUGAUGAUUCGAUCACAUCAUGAGCAUGAGAGAAUUAAUCAUUAAUUUAGUAUAAUCAGACUAGCUAAAAGUAAAUUAAAUGUGUAUAGUUUUAGAUAACGUCGAUAUUAUCCCUAAAUUAUUGCAAAGGUCUAAAUUUUUAUUUUUUUCUCAAAGUAACGGCUCAAGGAUAGAUGCAUAGCUAUUGUAAACAUUUCUUGACCAUUACAGAAAUUAGCACAAGUUGUAUUAUAGCCUACCGCGUGUUGAUUAAAAUGUCAUCACUCAUCACACCGUAAGGUUACUAUUUACGAACUAUUUACGAUUUAUUUUGGUAUUUCUAUUUGAUGCCAGAUAUACCUGUAACAAUAACUUUUCAAUGAAAAGAUGUUAAACAACUUUUUGCUUAUCACUGGAGUGUUUGUGUUGGUUUUUAAUUAGUUUUUAUUUAUUUAGAGUUUGUUACAAUAAAGUAGGAAAUUAACGGCGUGUAGUAGAUUUUGAGGCAUCCAAUCUUGCCCUGUCUCUUUAAUCAAUAUUAGCUAUAAUUGAAUAAUUAUAUGGAAGAUGGAAUCCAGUGUAUGCAUGUAUAUUGGCAAUACGAAGUUUUUGCUGGAAAAGGUAUUAGUUAGGACGAUUAAUUCCGUACGAUUGUUCCCUCUGUUCGCAACCGUUGCCGAAACAUGAGUCAAUAUUUGCACCAUCACUCAUGAAAUUCCGUGUGAAAUUUACGAUGUCAUGUUACUGGAAAAAUGUGGUUAGAAUAAGAAACUGUGGCAAUGAAUGAAGUGAUAAUUUUUUAUGCACUGAAUUUCAUAGGGCAUAUUUCAGGAUUAUUGAAAGUGACCCCAUUCUUUGCAGUUUUCCAAUUUAGGAUUUCUACUUCAAGAAAUCCAUGCUGGGUAUCUUCUGAAAUAAACUGU